AAGUAAUUUUCGCAAUGUUUAGACAAAUGCCAAUACUGUAAUUAAGAACGGAAAUGAUUGUAAUAAAUAUUGUCGAGAAACACACGGUUCUUACGAAAGACAGCUGUCCAGUUUACAAACGACAUUAUAUGAGGUAGAGAAAAGGCACAGGAAAAUUGACGAAGAACUGAAAAGCCUGCAUCAGGCAUACAAUAAUCUAAGAGAACUUGAAACACGGUUAAGCAAUAGACGGGCCGAGUUAAUCACAAUAAGCGAGAAUCCCUUGAAAUAUCUUUGGAACGUAGUUGUUACCACUGCAGCAAUUGUCUUGAUCCCGUUUACAGCUGGCCUGUCACUUGCCCUUCUUGGAUUGAUUGGAGCGAUAGAUUGGAAUAAUCUAGAUAGUGUUUCGAAUGGCCUUAAGGAAGUGAGACGACACCAACUAGAAAAUGAAGAGAUGAGAAAGGCUAUUAAUGACGAGAUGGAUCGGUUAAAUACGGAAAGAAAAAUGCUCAAAGAAAAAACAAAGCAAAGUUCAGAAAAUAUGGAAAAGCUAAGGACUUCAAUAGGGGUGUUACCGAAAAUAUCGAGCGGAGUUGGAAGAGUGAACGACAGUGUUGGUGAUGUUGUCCAAACGUUCAAGGAUUUUGAAAAAGUUGCAUUUUCGUUUGACGUGGAAGGGCUACUGAAGGAAAGAUGUAUGUCUUACAACAGAGACCGACACGCAAUUGGCGUCGACAUAGAGUACACAAAAGAAGAGGAGGCGGUAAUCUUAAUUGGGAAGCUAGAGUAUGUGGACAAACAUAUUUUGAAUAUUCUGAACAUGUCAACACGUCUUCUCAAAGUUCUGCGAAAUGCUGAAGAGUUGAUUAAUGACGUCCAGGGGGAUGGCCGUUUGGUUGACCCAAGUCCCGACAUGGACAUGUAUAUCAGUGAUCCCGGGUUGCAAUAUGGUUCAGCGUAUGAUGCUGAAUUACAAGUGUUGAAAACAAAGGCUGCUAAUUUAAAAAGCAGUCUUGAAAACAUGCGUACUGCUGGAAAGCUCCUUGAUCGGAUACAGAGUGUGUUCUCUGAAAAGAAUGAACUACUAGAGGAUAUUACGACAAUGUACACCGAAGUGUUGUCCAUGUUGGUAGAUCUGGAUAACAGCCAGCAUUGUACAGACUUUGCUCCUGAAUCGAAGAAUGAAGCUGGUAAUGAAAACGAUGACGAAACGUCCCAAAAAGAAGUGGCUGAUGAUAUGCAGACACACAUGGAUGGUGAAGAGCAGCACGAUACAACUACAAUUCCUCCUGGCGCUGAAGGGAACAGCCUAUCUACGGCCGGAUCAGAAAGCACAGAGGGCUCUGAUGAGCCACAGGAUCAUGUCGGAGAUGACCAAGAUGACCAACAGAAGAAACAGAGAAUCAAGGAGAAGCUGAAUGUAUAUAUCAAUGCCGUGCUUGAUCUAUAGGAACUGAACUCCUUCAAGAUCUACGACAUAGUAUGGAAUGACUGGAGCAUCACAUUUUAAUGUCAUUCGUAUAUCUUAUACUUUUACUUUCCUUAUACAUAUUUGUAUUGACGAUCUAAACCACUACAUGUUUGAAGUACUACUUCAUUGUGUAUGUCAUAGUGUGAUUGGAUUAUUUUUUUAUUCGAUCGUUACGUUAUUUAUCCGUACUGACAAAUAAAGCCCUCAAUGAAGAUUUAAAUGUGAUCGUAUUCAUGGUUUGUAUAAAUUUAACAAUAUGCUGUGUAUUAUGUAUAUUACUAACAGCCAAUCUAUCCAAUUUUUACAUUUUCUUUUCGUACUCACUGAUGUGACUCAUAGAUGUGCCCAUUCCAGAGACGUUGAAGAAAAAUCGAGGUUUUUCAUAGAAGGAAAAUACUGCAUUGUCACACACACACACACACACACACACACACACACACACACACAUUUUUCUUGAGGCAGGAUUGUAUAAAUGAAUACAUUUGUUUAGUCUAUUGUUGUUUUUGGCCAUUUCCUUUGACUUUUUUGACUACAAUAUGUCUAACAUUUAUGACGAAUAAGUACGUGCAUAGGAAUGUUAAACAUCACAUAAUAUCUCAUGUGGACGGAUAUGUAUUGUAGUGUAUUAAUUAGAUUACAUGAACAUGAAACAAGCUUCUAAAUGCAUAUACAUAGAGAAUGCAAAUACCGGGAUUAUCUUAGAAAAAAAAGAAAAAAACAAUUAUUUUGUUGUUCUUAUAUGCUUUAUUAAUUUCGUUUAUAUGUUAAUAACCUUUUAACCCCGAUUGUAUAUUGGUAUAGUUGUAUGUACAUGCAUGUAGCUUUAUUGAGUUAAAACACUUAUUCUCAUACCUCGAAUGUAUUGAUGUAAUUGUAAACCAUCAUUUUUAGUUGUUUAUGUGAAACCUAGAAUUCGCCUUUUCCACUCCCGAUGAGACCAUUUGAACGGUCACAAAAAAGAAUUUAUUGAGCGAGUUUCUAAAACUGAUAUUGUAUGAUAUUUUGACCUGACCGUUCCACUCCCUAAAUUUAUUGAUAAAGCUGUCUUUUUGGUCUGUAUGUGGUGUUUUUACGUUUGUGUUUUUCAUACAGAGUCGUUUUGACAUCUGGAUUUGCCCAUGUAGGUUUUAUUGUAUUGUAAUACAUGGUUGUAUUGACAUUUUGAUUAAAAAAUGCAUCCUUCUUUACUCUAUUACCUAUUAUGCAUCAGCAUACAUGUUCAUUCAUAAAUAGUCUUCUACUUGUGUGUGUAUGUAAGGCAAGUAAUUAUUAACAUAAUAUUUGUAAAAGUAGUGUUUUAGUAAUUCUUAAGUUGUCAAUAAACUGACACUUCCAAUCGUGAAAGUUGCAAGUGCGUCAUGAUUCAUGGUUUCAUUUCUGAACACGAAUGUUUUUGCAACUUUAAAAGUAAUCUUAGAUUGUCUUAUAAUGUCAGUUGGUAUUUGCAAACUAUAUAACGGAUGUAUUCCAGUAUUUACUGCCUUAAACUGAUAAGUCGUUGCACUAUUUUGUAACAUCGGCGAGUUUCUAACUCUGAAUUUCAAGGUUGUGCAUUUAUGUUUUUUGUGACAAUUGCAAAUGAUUCAAGGCCAAAAAGCUUCAACUUGAAAUCACCAUGACACAAGUACGAUAUUUGUAAGAAGAAUAUUUAAGGAUGAUUCAAAUAGAGACUUAUAGUUUGUUAUUGGUGUACUGGCACGAGGAUAUGUAUUUUGCAAUAUUGAAUACUCUUAACUACUUUCUGUUAUCAAAUGUUUAUAAUUCUUUAUGAUACAAUGAUGUAAAAAAAAUAUCGUACAUGCACUGUAUUCGUUAACGUGUGUUUUUCAGUGAAAAAGGUUAACAUAAAAAACAAUAGAAUAAUAUAUUGAAAAACUCACCGAUUAAAAAGAUUAGUUUAUCACGAUAUAUUCAAUCGUUAUUUUUUUAAUAAACCACUAGAAAGAAUGAAUUAUUUUUCAUCAAGCGGAAAAUAUGUAUUUUGCUAAAUAAUUUUGCCUAAUUAAUAUCAUUGGUGUGCUAUAACUGAU